UUCUCAAAUUUAACUGACCACCUGCCUAACCCCUUUUUUGGACCUAAAUUAGGGUUUAUUUGUCAAGGAGUCUUGGUGCUCACUGCUACUAACGUAUAGUAAUAAGGGUCUUGUUGAAAUUAGGGUUUUAUUUGAGGCUGACACUUUUUUGUUGCAUUGUAGCAGCUAAAAAUGGCUGGUCCAAAACUGGGUAAGAAAGGUGGUUCUAAAUUAGUGAAAGCCCCUAUGAAGAAGAAGCAAAAGAAGGAACCUUUGCCACCUAAGCCAUUGGAAAAAGAGGAACUUUUUAGUGACAGUGAUGGGGAUUUUCAAGAAGAUGAUGAUGGAGGGUUUAGUGAUAAAGAAGAAGAAGAUGAUGAUGAAAUGAAGUCAGAUUCUGAUAUGUCUUCUGAUGUGGAUGACCCCUUUGCUGCUGAUAUAUUAGCAGCUGGUGAUGCUGAUGAUGGUUCAGAUGUUAAUUCGGAUUCAGACGUAAAUUCUGAUUCUGAUGCAGAAGAGAAGUCAAAACGUCUUGAUGACAAAAGCAAAAGAGAAGAGGAGGACGCUGAAGCAGAACUGCAGCUCAAUAUUAAAGAAGAAGCUGAUGAGUUCAAACUGCCGACAACUGAGGAGCUUGAAGAAGAAACGCAUAGACCCCCGGAUCUCACUAAUCUCCAAAUGAGGAUAAAACAGAUUGUUCGAGUGCUUUCAAAUUUGAAGUCAUUGAGGCAAGAAGGUGUGACACGUAAGGAUUACGUUGAUCAACUUAAAAGGGACUUGGGUUCAUAUUAUGGAUACAAUGAGUUUCUGAUUGAAACAUUAGUGGAGAUGUUUCCCCCUGUUGAGUUGAUUGAACUUAUUGAAGCAUUUGAGAAGCCCCGACCGAUUUCUCUACGGACAAACACUUUAAAGACUCGCAGGCGGGAUUUAGCUGGUGUUCUUCUUAACAGAGGUGUCAAUUUGGACCCAUUAAGCAAAUGGUCUAAGGUUGGACUUGUUGUAUAUGAUUCUCAAGUUCCAGUUGGUGCCACACCUGAGUAUAUGGCUGGUCAUUACAUGCUCCAAAGUGCAAGUUCUUUUCUGCCCGUAAUGGCCCUUGCCCCACAGGAGAAUGAACGUGUUGUUGAUAUGGCUGCUGCUCCUGGAGGCAAAACAACUUAUGUUGCUGCACUGAUGAAAAAUAGUGGUAUUAUUUAUGCAAAUGAGAUGAAGGAGUCAAGACUUAAAUCGCUCACUGCUAAUUUACAUCGCAUGGGGGUAACAAACACCAUCGUUUGCAACUAUGAUGGAAGAGAGCUGCCUAAAGUUUUGGGUCAGAACACUGCUGAUAGGAUUUUGCUGGAUGCUCCCUGCAGUGGCACUGGGGUAAUCUCCAAGGAUGAGUCUGUUAAAACUUCCAAAACUGCGCCUGAUAUACAAAAUUGCUCACAACUGCAGAAGGAACUAAUACUUGCAGCAAUUGACAUGGUUGAUGCCAACUCAAAAUCAGGUGGAUACAUAGUGUAUUCUACCUGCUCCAUUAUGGUUGAUGAGAAUGAAGCAGUUAUAGACUAUGCACUCAAGAAGAGAGAUGUUAAGCUUGUGCCAUGUGGACUUGAUUUUGGGAGGCCUGGAUUUAUUCGCUUUAGGCAGCACCGUUUCCACACAUCUUUGGACAAGACAAGGCGAUUCUAUCCGCAUGUGCACAACAUGGAUGGAUUCUUUGUAGCCAAGUUGAAAAAGAUGAGCAAUUCGAAGUCUUCGGUUCAGUCUGAAGAAAUACAGGGUGAUGAAAGCAUCGAGAGCAGUGACCAGCAGAAUGCUGAAAGGGAUGACAAGCAUUCAGAGCAAGAAGGUGUUGCAAAAGUGAGUGGGAAAUUGAAAGAAGAAGUAGCGGUUGAUAAAAAGAGGAAGAGGGAUGUCCAAAAACAUUCAGUUAAGAAAGGAGUUGGACAAAACAGUGGUGUAACUAAAAUUGGGAAGGCGGAAAACCAUUUGGCGGCAACAAGGAGGAGGGAAAAGAAGAAACCCCCUCCUAGAGAGGAAAUUGCAAAAGCUAGGGAAGAGAAGAGGGAAGCUCUUAGGGAAGCAAAGCGAAAAGCCACGACGAAGAACAAAUGAGUUCUCUGUAACAUGGAGGGUUUGUGAUACCCCAAGGAUAUUUUGUCUGAGGCCAGAUGAGCGAAUACAAAGUCAGAGAUAUUCUCUGGUGAUGUUGUCAAGCUUACUCGGGUACUAUUCACAGCUGCCAGCCAGUGGUAAUAUUUUUGUUUUUGGUUGAUAGACUUUGAGAUAAAGAGAGUUGGAGGUCAUGUACGGUUUGCUUUAGAAAAAUGAAACUAGGAUGCAUGGUGGCACGAAUCCAAAAUUUUUGUAUUUAUACUUUAAUUUAUUUGGGAACGAGCAAUGAAAAUUAUAAAGAAAAAGUAGUUUGUAUUC